AUGGCCAAAUUUACAAAAACAAAUAUAAGUAGUACGAAGUCUAUGGUCAAAUUACAAAAUCUUGCUAUGAGAGAUGGUUGGCAAGUAUUACGAAAUUGGUCCCUGAUGCGUUGGGAGCUCCGAUCGGCCCUGGCCAGGAUUCAGUCCCGAUAUGGUGCCAGGCCCUACUUUGACAUCAGCGUCCGCCAAGGAUCCUGCAACGGCGGACUAGGAUUGUCCAAUUUCCAGACUGGUUCAGAUGCAGAUCUCCUGGUUGGAUGUAUUGUACUCAAUCCGCCCAAAUUGGGGUUGCCUCAUAGGGAUUUGUACUACAAGCCUUCGGAUCAUCCAAUAACCCUGGCCUACAAACGGCUAAUGCGUGACGUUGCAACCAUGUUGGGAGCGACUUCAACCGAUGCAUCACAAUUUAGUGAUGACGUUUAUUACUACGAGAGACGUUUGGCAGAAACUGCAGCAAGUUUGGGAGACAUUGAUGCUGACACCAAGUACGAAAUAGUAACCCUGCAGCAGUUACAGUCAGCUGCUCCACAAUUGCCUGUGUACGACGUCAUAACAUCAAUGUUUCCUCGAGCCAAAAUCAAACUGAACACCCAAAUUUUGGUGCCUUCUCUUAAAUAUACCAGGAGACUAUCUGAACUGAUAUCUACGUCAGACAGAGCGCCAAUCAACAAUUACAUGAUGUGGACUUUGACUCUAACCUACCUCCCUUACCUAAAUUCCGCUUACCGCCUGGCCUACCGCGACUUCCAGCAAUCCCUAAUCACACCAGGGCCCUUCAAACUGGACCCUAAUUCAAAAAGCAGUUCCUCUCAGCGUCGAAGUUACCCGACUACUACCGAACCACCUCCUCCCAGAUGGUAUGAGUGCGCCAAAGUGGUGCGAGAUUGGGCAGGACCCAUUUUGGAGAACCAAGAAAUGGUUGUUGAAAGUGGUCUAGGAGUGGAUUUGGAUAAAAAUGAGCCGAAUAUAGGUAAAGAGAGGGCGAGAUGGAUUUUUGCUAAAAUGAGGAAUGCAGUGAUUGAUGCUGUGCUUAAAAGUGUGGAGAUUAGUGGGGAAAGACAACGAGAAGCUGUCAGAAAAUUGAAGACGACAACUUUACAGAUAGGAGCUCCAGCAGAAACUCAUGUCAAUACAUAUCGAGAAAGGUUUUACAGAGAUUUCUCUGUUUUGAGAAAUGCUUUCUUUGAGAAUGCUCUGGCAGCUAGUGAACAAAAAAGGGCUAUUAUGGAAAAUUCUUUGAUACCUCCUUCAACUGGAACCCAAGGAGCUCAUGAUUCAGCUGUAUCAAUGUUGGAAUUUAUGGUAAAGAUGCCCCUGAGUGUGAGAUUUUAUGAACCUCAGCGUGUCGUCACAUUGCCUCUUGCAUUAUUGCAACAACCGCAUUUCCACAUUGAUCAUCCUGUAUCAUUGCAAGUUGCCCGAUUAGGAGUUCCCAUAGGCGAAGCAUUGUUUGCAAGUGUUUUCAACAUUAUAGCUGAUAAUGAUACUGACGUUUUCUUGCAGUGCUUUUCUAGACAUGUUCCUAUUGAAACUGGUAGAAGAGGCAUAGCUCUUAAAACUGCUUCGAUUCAUUUAUCAGCAGUGAGAGCAGCUGCAUCAGCUUUGCAUAAAAUACAAAGUCAAGCUGAAUAUGAUUCAGAAUCAGUAGAAAAUGACAAUGUAUAUGAUUUGAAUAACAAUAAUCGUGCUAGAAAUAGUGAGAGACAAAGGAAAGAGUUUCAGCAUGGUCUGGGUGAUAUGAAUUCAAAGCAACUGUUUACGUUGGCUUAUGCACAGACAAUGUGUUCCAAGUCAACUCCAGAAAUGGAACAGUUAUCUCCUUUAAUUAGAGGAAAGCUGUCGGAUCACGAUCUUUUAAUUGAACAACCUGAGAUCCAGGUUGUUCUUCAGGUUUCUUCUGAUCCAUCGUGGAUCGUGGACGUCGGUUGUGGACCUAGUGCUCUUCAGGCAUCGCCAUGUUAA